AUGGCGGUAGAGAAAGGAGCAACUCAACAGCAGAACCGGACAUCUGUUAUCUCCAAUCCGUUUAGUGAUUCUUCCCGCUAUAGCGAUUCUUACAGUGCCAGUUCGUUUCCGCAAGGCAUAGCGAUCCAUGAAAAAUCAUCCUCAAACGAAUGGACGGAUACUUCCGAGUCCAACGACGCCGCCUCCAGGAGUUACUCUCCAGAUAAGAGUCUCCGAACACUAUCGGGUUUUUCUGAAGUUUCCAGCUCUUUCAUGUCGUCCUCCUCGCAACCCGCAAAUCGCGUUUUUCUGAACAAAAACAUGGCGGACGGUCCGGCUGCAGCUGCGUUCGAGCCCAUCCAAAACUGGUCCCCUGAAAGCCACUUCCAAGGGCAGCUACAUGCACACUCUACCGGUGGUGGCAGUAGCUACGAUCCGGUCAACGAGUUAAGUACACAUACGACGUGGUCCUCGGACAACACCAUUGUAUCUCAACGCCCUGCACAUAAUGCAACUUUCGGCCGAUCACAAGCAGAAAACGAAUUUCUGCUUGGUAUUACGCCGUUGGAGUCAUCAAGGAGAGGGCUGAACGUGAUGCAGAACAAAGGUCGGGGAUUAGUUGGUAAUGUCCGCCGCACCCUCCGUUCCGUCAGGAGAGCUGAGAACAUCGCAAAGUCGAAUUCCGUGAGCCUGGAAAAUAUGUCGUCAGGCUCUCAACGCUCUCAGCGACUAGAACAGCAGCAGCAGCAGCAGCAGCAGCAGCAGUAUGAGCCAUACAAGCCGUAUCAGCAGCAAAGGAGUACAAGCACGAGUCCCACAAAGAGCCUCUAUAGUUUUCAGGAUGGGAGAGAAUCAACAGCAACUUCGGAUUCAAAUAGCAUUCCCGGACGCGCCAUGAGCUCCGCCUCGUCAAUCCUGGGGCGCAAGCAGGGUGCGAAGGACUGGGGUGCGAAGCGAUCCUCUGCUGAUAGUGCGCAGAUACGGCUGCUUCAGGCCGCGCGCGCUGCUGAUGCUAAUAAUCUCUACGGAGCGGCAUCGUCGUCGGAGAGUGGUGCUGGUAUGAGUUUAAGCAGCCACUCACCAGAUCUCCUCGACUAUGAUGACGAUGAGGAGUGGGACGUGGAAGCAGCGGCGGAAGGCAGGUUGGUGCAAAUUGCCUAUACGGUUCCCAAGGAGAAGCUUCGGGUGGUCAAUCCUGGCGUUGGAGAUUAUAUGGACGAACGAUGA